UGAUUUGGCGAUGGUUAUUCAGUCUCGGAAUCAACAUCAUACUGGAUUGCGUGGAAAAAAUGGAGCGGUAGCUAACGAAAACGGUGAUUAACAGCAGCGAAGAACGCAAAGAAAACGGCUUUUGUCCGCUACUUCAGCGAAUGUUUUUUGUUUUUUUAAGUUACAACGCAGAAAAAAAUAAAAUCAAUUUUUUAAACCAACCACAACCAAAACAAAAAAAAAAAAAACAACGACGUCGUCGACGGCAACAACAACAACGUCCUUCAACGUCAACUGUAUCAAACUAGCAACCAAGCAAUCAUUACACUGAGUUUUAUUUUUCCGUUAAAUAUAUUACUCCACACUACCAGAGCCAGCAGCAGCAGCAACCCUAGGAAAGGCAACGCAGCAGGCAUCCAGUUCCAAGUACCUUUCCAUACAUAUGACGACCCAGCCGAAUGUGAGAAAAGUCUUCUCGUCAUAUUGUAUGUGAUGAAAUCAACAACAGCAAAAACCAUCUAAAAAAACCAACCAACCAAUAACUACAGCAACAACACAGCCCACCAUCCAACCAAAAAAUCUUAAUGAAUUGCAAUAAAUUUUGGAAUAGCAGCCAGAACAAUCCCAGGAUUGGAAAGGAGCAAACCCAAAACCCACAAAUUGAAAAGUCGAAAAUUUAUUAUACCAGCAACAACCAACUAUAUACUAUUUUUUCAUCUUCAAUACCACCAUUGGCCACCAAUACCACUGCACUCUACACUCAACCCAAUUAAAAAUAGAAUUCCUUUGCAGAGCAGUGGCAGAGCAACAAUUGUAAAGUAACUGUCCGAGAUUUUGGGGGCAGAGCAGAGCACUACACAAACGUGGCAGAGAGCGUAGUGCUGGCAGCGGCAGCUGUAAAAGUUUUAUUUGAUGUGAUUCUUUAACUCCCCCACGCCCCCUAUAACUGUUAAAUCUACAAAAUUUAAAUAAUUUCCAAAGGAAAAUCUAUAAAAUUUUCCACUUUUCCUGUGCAUAACGUUGCUUUGGGUGAUUUUGAUGCGCAAUUUCUAGGCCGCUUGCAGAAUUUCUUUUCGGCAGCGCAGUCACCAUAGCCGCAGCAGCAACGAUUUUUUUUCUACAACAGCCGCCGACCACAACAAAGCGGUUGGACUUUUCUUUUAUAUUCCAUUUAAAAACUAAAACAAAUCUUAAAAAAAACAAAACAAACUAAAUUUAAUUCCAAAACUACGCUAAAACUUCUCUAAAUAAAUAUAUAAAAAAGUUUUUAUUUCCCAAAGUCUGAAAAGAAAUUAACCAAACAUCCACAGACCACCAUUUUGAAAGAGUCAUCGUAUCAUCGUGUGUGUGUGUGCGUGUGAAAUCAAAAGAAACCGAAGAAAACAAACAAAAAAAUAAACAACAGCUGCACCAGUGAGAGCGUAAAGAGCGAAAUUUGAAUUUUGUGCAUACAAUUUUAUUGUGAGAGAGAGCGAGCGAGAGUGUUUGUAAAGUGCAACAGUGAGCGAGAACAAUUGUUGUGUUUUGUCAAGGGAAAGCCUUCGGAGAGCAAAAAAAGUGCAUUGACGUUUCUCUUGCAACAAUAACAACAAGUUGUAAAUCAAAAAAGAAAGGUGACAAAAAUUUAAGGCUGUUUUGUUUGCCAACUGCUGUGGUAUUAUUUCUUCCUCCCUCACACACAUCAACUCCUUGGAGCCCACAAAAAUUCUCCUCCAACGAGCGAAGGGUAGAGGAGGAGGAACUUGUUUUUCCUGGUUAAAGUUGCAGAGUUGGUUUUGUAAAUUUUCUGCUUUGGAUAGAACCCCGUCACACCAUAUCAUCAUCACUACUAAAGAGCUCCCCCACACCAGUAUUUUUUUAUAUUUUGGAAUCAACUAUCAACCCCACCCCCUCGUAUUUCAUCUUUACAAUAACAACAACAAAAACCGAAUAAAAAAAUGGUUGAACGCAUUUUGGAAGAAACUACCUCUGAAGAUACGGAUUUAAUUGCCCCCAGCAAUGGGAAACGCAUCGACUCAUGCACCAACGGCCGUACUCUACGUUCCUAUGCCAGUGUUGUCAAUUCCAAUAGGAAUGGCAGUGAGGAGGCGGCCGCCACAAUGGUUAUGAAGAUGAACAAUAACAACAACAACAUCAAUACCGACAGCAAUAACAGCUGCACUGAACUAAAAAACUCAGGUGAUCAAAAUGAACCUAGUCGCUACAGCUGUGGAGAUGAUGUCUCAGGCAAUGAAUCCAGUGAUGCUCCCAAGUUAACGGAAACCGAGCGUCAGGAGAAAUUCAAUCGCCAUAAGGAGGAAAUGCAAAAGAAGAAACGCCGGAAGAAGAGAACCUCAUCGUGGCACUCGUCUACAUUUCAAGAGUUAUACAAACUAACCGGUGAAAUUUUGGGUGAAGGUGCCUACGCCUCGGUCCAGACCUGUGUUAGCAUUUACACCGACCUGGAAUAUGCCGUAAAGGUCAUCGACAAAAUUCCCGGUCAUGCACGUUCUCGUGUCUUUCGCGAAGUGGAAACUUUCCGCCACUGCGAAGGACAUCCUGGCAUUUUACAGCUAUUGGAAUUCUUCGAAGAUGAUGAUAAAUUUUAUUUGGUUUUUGAAAAAAUCAACGGCGGUGCACUGUUGAGCCGCAUUCAGGAGCACAUUUGUUUCUCGGAAAACGAUGCUGCACAAAUUAUCAAAGAGAUCGCCACCAGUUUGGAUUUCAUCCACAAGAAGGGCAUUGCACAUCGUGAUCUCAAGCCGGAGAACAUUUUGUGUGUCUAUCCGGAUAAAUUGUGCCCCAUAAAGAUAUGUGAUUUUGAUUUGGGUUCGGGUAUAACGUUUACCGCUGAUAUUUCGUCGCCGGUGGCAACGCCACAACUUUUAACGCCGGUUGGCAGUGCCGAAUUUAUGGCCCCGGAAGUUGUUAAUUUAUUUGUUGGCGAAUCCAAUUACUAUGAUAAACGCUGUGAUUUGUGGUCUUUGGGAGUAAUUGCCUAUAUCUUGUUGUGCGGUUAUCCACCGUUUUCGGGUAAUUGCGAUGAAGAUUGUGGCUGGAAUCGUGGUGAGAAUUGUCGCCGUUGUCAAGAGCUACUAUUCGAGUCUAUACAAGAUGGACGUUUUUACUUUCCUGAUCCAGACUGGACUGAUGUAAGUGAAGAGGCGAAAGAUUUAAUUAGAGGCCUUUUGGUUAAGGAUGCCCCCAAGCGUUUGAGUGCUGAGGCAGUAUUGAAUCAUCCAUGGAUUAAGUUCUCUGAGAUGGAGCCUGUCGACAGCAUGAAAAUGCAAAAUAGACGUAAAGCUUUAUUAACUGCAGGAAAUAUAAGACGCAAUAAAUCGGCCCGUGAAAUUUCACGUUUCGCCGAAUCCGCCAUGGCUGUGAAGCGUGUUAUACUGCAACAUUUCUCCAUGCGUUACGAUUAUAUGAUGGAACGUCCCAACAUCUAUCAAUCAUCCCAGAUGGCUGGUGAUAACAACAACACCAGAGGAGAGCCCAAGGAAUUGUUGCCAUUUAAAGCCCAUCGUUCCAAGAGCCGCCAUCGUCCAUCACCCUUGAAUAUACAACAAUCGAUUAACAACUACGCCAGCAGUGGUAGCAAUGGCGGCGGUGUUGAUGAUGUUAUAAUUGUGCCACCCUGUAAUAAGUCCUCCACAAGACUUUACAAUACCACCUCUAUUAAUUUCUCUCUAUUGAAUACCCACAAUGAGGAAGAUGAUGCUGCGGUAUUGGAAAAUGAACAACUAUAUGAGGAAAAUAAUACUAUGAAGGAUAAGAAGAAUGAACUUUCCACCUAUUGGCAUAAUUUGGAUCAGGGUAACGAUGGUGGCGAUGAUUGGAACAAAGAUCUGCUCUUAGAUGAUAAUCUUACAAUGGAAACAAAAUCAAAGUCUGAAUACAAGGUGGUAGAUGUUAAUGAUGAAGAGGAUGAUGAUGACAUCUUUAAGAAAGAUUCAUGGGUCCAUGAUCUUGAGGAUUUGGACGACGAUACGGGUUAUAAUUAUGCUGCAGAUUCCGACCGUAUUGAGGCCAACGAUACACAAGAUGAUAUUAAAGCCAAUCAUCUUAACAACGAUGUAGAAGAGGAAGAAGACGAUGAUGAAGAUGAUAGCAAUAACAAAUUGUUUAUUAAUUUAUCUAAUAAACAACGGGUUAAGAAGAAGAAACAAAAGAAGAAGCAAAAGCUGAAUAAGCUACCACAAACACAACAGCAACAACAGCAGCAACAACAACAAAAGCAGCAGGCAGUUAAUAAUGAUAUAUUGGAAAGUAUCAGUGAUUUAAAGGCAAUGCUACCUGAUGUAAUUGAUGAGACUGGCAAAAAAAUUGAUAAAAUCAAUUGCAAUGAUGUUAACGAAGAAGAUGAAGCUAUGGACGAAGAUAUGGAAGCAGAGGAAGCUGUGGAAGAUGAUGGUAAUGGUGGAAACGUCGAAAAUGGUGAUGAUGAUGAUGGCAGGCCGAAAAUUGAAUUUGUUAACAAUUAUAAAAAUAAUUCACCCCAGCGCAAAAGGACGAAGAAGAAGAAAUCCUUGAAGAAGGCCAACAAAGCUGUUGCUGGAAUCACCCGGAGAAGUAUUGAUGAUGACGAUGAUGUAAACGAUGCCGUGCCAGCCGUACAAGUACCUAUGAUAACUAUAAUAACUACUAGCCCACCACAAAAGCAGAAACAACACCACGAAGAAGAUGAGGAGCAAAAUGAAAAGCGGGAUAUGGAAAAGAAGUUGCAUAGCAACUCUUCCUCAUCCCCAUCGCCAAGAGUGUCAAUACUCAAGAACAGGACUUCUCCGAUUCCGGCACCCCAGAAUAUGGAUCAACAGCGUUGUGUUUAUUUUGAAAAUGAUGAUUCCUAUCGUAAUUAUGAUGCCGAAAUGGAAGACGAUGAUGAUGAUGAUGACGACGACGAGGAUGAUGAAGACGAAGAGGAGGAUGAAGGUUUGGAAGAAGAUGUGGAAAAUAUAAGGAAAUUUAGUGGUGAUAGCCUAAAUAGUGGUUCGGAAUUCAAAACGAAAUUUGAAAAGCCACAACGACAGGGCACCACCAAUAGAAUCCUUGAUGAUGAGGCCAUUUUCAAGAAGCCUUUGCAAUUCCAGCACUUCUCCAAGACACGCAAACAACAGCAUCCACAAAAACGUUAUAACAAUCAAGAGAAGAGGCCAUUGGAAAAUUGGCGGGAACGUAAUAACAACAACAACAACAAUGCCAACACUAUCGGCAGUAAUGAAAAGACCACCAAUAAUUUGAAGAAUUUUAAAAAUCUAGACAAUCAUUCAUAUCGUAACAACAAUAGUAAGCCACGUUAUUAUGAUUAUCCGGUUAACAACAGCAACAACAACACCUCUGGAAUGGUGGGUAAUUUCCCACGUUAUGGCUCCCAGCAACAACAAAUAUCCAAUCGUUGCAAUCCCUAUAUGUUGCCAAGUUAUUGUUAUCGCCAGCAACAGGAUGGGGGUCGUAUGAUGGGCCAUAACAACAACAACAAUAAUAAUAAUGGGAAUAGCAGCAGCAGUGGUGGAACACCUCCCUCGGAUAAUGAGUACUCCAUGGGUAAUCAUAAAUUCUCGCCACCCCGCCAUGGCAUGGGAGGUGGAGAUCAAAAUCAUAACAAUGAAAUACGUAAUUGGCGCAAUGAUUGUAUUUAUGCUUCUGUGCGUAACAACAACAACAACAACACCACCAAUAACAAGAACACCAAAACUGGCUAUCAGCGUAAAUGCUAUUCCGAGGAAUCCCAAAUGUUACCCAUUUACCGUGGUGGAGGUGUUGUUGGAGCUGGUCCCAUUAUUGUUGCAGCAGGCCCUGGUGGUGGCCAACGUAUUGGUUCCGGUCGCAUACCAAUGCGCAGUGAUAAAGAAAAGCAUUUCCAAAAUAAUUAUCAAUUUGGUUCUUCCUAUGAUUCAUCCUAUAACAGUUCAUCGCCCAUUAACAUUGGCCUCUCACCCACCACGGAGAGUUUCCUAAUGCAGCGCCAACAACGUAUGCAAGGCAAUUAUAAUUUUGUCGGUUUGGGAUCGUCACCACCAGCCGGAGGAUAUUAUCAACAUUUUGGUCCAAAGCAAACGCAACCAGCACGUAAUGUUGCUAAAAAUUUUAUGAAUAAUUCCAAUGAUUAUUACAACAAAAAGCACCAGCAGCAGCAACAACAGCAGCAGCAGCAUCAACCACAUCAUCACCAUCACCAUAAUCAUCAUCAGCCACAGCAGGCUACAGCCAGUGGCUAGCCAUGGCUAAAGCCUCUAAAACUUCUAAAUCUCAAGGUUGCCAUUGGGAUAACGAACAACAGCAACAACAACAAAAUCCCAACACCAGCAGCAGCACCAUCAUCCGUGGCAACUAGAGUUAAACAACGACAACGACAACAAGUAAAAAGUUUUCAAGACGAUGUUUACGAAAUUUCUAUAAAGGGUGAUUUUUUCUUCAAGAUUUCCUUUAACAACUACAACCACAACAACAACAAAAACAACAUCAACACCAACAACAACAACAAAAAACAAUUUCCGCCAUAUAUAUUUUUUCUACUAUUUUUUUACCAAUAUUAUAAUUUUGUUUCAAAUAUUUAUAUACCCUACAUCCCAUCUAACAUUUUGUUUCUUGUCUUGUCUGUUUGUGACCGACUACACCCCCCGAAUACCAUCCAACUUUCUCCCCCAUCAAAAAAUUUGAAAAUGGUAGGUCCGUCUGUGUUUGAGUUUGUCCUGGGAAAAGUACCACAACAUUUCCCAUCUCCUCAGCCACCCCACCCCCAUGUUUCUAGGUAGUCUAUAAGUAUUAAAGUGAUAAAUCUCUUUUACACGCCCUCUCCUCUCCUCCGCCUCUACUCCGCGGUCCGCAAAAGUGAGGCCAUAAUUUGAUGAAAUUAAAAAAGACCAGGGGUAUUUGCUUGAAAGGAUUGUUAAAAUAUUCAGGCAAAAAUUAAGAGGCCCGGAAUUUUGAAGCUCUUAUUUAUUAUGGGUCCCUUAACUUUCCCUCCCCCUCAAGGCCACAGGAUUUUGCAAUCUAAAGGGCUAGGAUUAUUUAAUUGAAAUAAUAUUCGAUUGUCCACUAACCCUUCAAAGAGCUGGGUUAUAUGUCCUCCUAUUGGCUUCAGGCAAUUAUUUCAUAAAAUUAAGAGGCCCGGAAAUUUGAAGCUCUUAUUUUUUAUGGGUCCCUUAACUUUCCCCCUCCCAAGGCCACAGGACUCUGCAAUGUGAAGGGCUUGGAUUAUUUAAUUGAAAAAAUAUUCAAAUUGUCCCCUAACCCUUUAAAGAUUUGUUAGUAUUUUUCCUUCCAAGUUCAUAAUUUCUAAGGUGGGGAAGUGUUUUAUUAUCGUUCACCCCCUCAACAUAACCUCCCAAGGCUACAGGCUUUUGCAAUGUGAAGGGCUAGGAUUUUUUAAUUGAAAAAAUAUUCAAAUUGUCCCCUAACCCUUCAAAGAACUGGGAGUAUUUUUCCUUUCAAGUUCAUAAUUUCUAAGGUGGGGAAGUGUUUUAUUAUCGUUCACCCCCUCAACAUCUCCCCCCAAAGCCAUAAGUUCAAAUAAACUGUAGAAGUCUGAAAACUCAAGAAAUGUUAAGGAGAUUUAUUUGAGUUACAGGAUGUUGAGAUAUUUUUCCCAUAUAUGUCCCUCAACAUUCCAUUGCAAAGCCAAGAUUUUGGGAGAUUUUUUAAAGGCCUUGGCUAAGUUAUUUAAAACAGGUUAAGUUGUGUUCCUAUAUGCCUGUCACUUGAAUAACUUUCAAGGCCUUAACUUUCAAAAAUCCAAAGGGCCAGGUGAAUUUACUUUGCAAGGCCACAAUUUCAGAAAUUAUAGUCCUAGGAGAGAUUUAAAAGGCCUUGGCUAGGUUAUUUAAAACAGGUUCAGUUGUGUUCCUAUAUGCCUGUCACUUGAAUAACAUCCAAGACCUCAACUUUCAAAAAUCCAAAGGGCCAAGUGAAUUUACCUUGCAAGGCCUUGCAAUUUCAUAAAUUAAAUUCCUAGGGAUUGUAAUGGGAAAUCGAGCUUCAAAUGGGGUUUGAUUUCUUAAAUCUUAAGGCCAAUAAUUUCGUCUUUCCCCCAACCCCAAAGGCUAUAGUUAUAAGACAACUUUUAAUAAAAAGAAGUGGGAAGUGAAAAUCUAUUCUAAAACUAUUUUAAAUUAAAUUGUAUUCUUUUGAAGAACAGCAUUUCCAAGAAAUCUAAAAAAGGCAAAAUCCCAUUUUCCAUUGGAUCUCCCCUGAGAAUUUGCAUGUUUUAAAGACAAUAUUUUAAAAUAAGUUUUUCUUUUGUAUGGAAAUAUUUUCUACCACUGGUCCUUGCUUGUUUCGACUGGUGUUUCUCGGUACAUUUAUGUUGUUAAUUUAAGAAAUUUAAAUUCCCCAAAAGAUAAUGUAUUGAUAUAUUACCACCCCGAAAUGCACUGGACCAUAAGAAAUAAUGGCCUUUUCCAUAUAUAUUCAACGAUCUCAACCUUAGGCCUUAACAAAGCACAUAAGAUAAUAUGAAAAUCUUAGUGAGUUGCUUAUAAAGUACAUAAGAUAAUUUGGAAUCUUAGUAAGAUGCUAACUACUAAUCCUCUAUGGUUGGAGAUCAAAAAUUAGUUUCUUUCUCUCUCCCGCUGAAGGGAAAAAUUGUAAUUAUUUAGAAUUAAAAUUUCCCCACUCUGUCCGUUACUGUUUCAACCAUUUUCAAAAAGUUUAAAAUCUAAAAAAAAAACAUUUCCAAAAAAAAAACCCAAACAACUCCACAAACCAAUGGUGAUGUAGGGCAUAUUAUUUUGUAAUAUAGUCGGCCCCCUGAUCGACUUGAUAUCUUUUUUAAAUUGUUUCUUUAUUAUACAAAAUAUUACUAUAUUUAUUUAAAAACAAAAAACAAGAACAAAAAAAAAUUUAAAAAAAAAGUUACAUAGAGAGUGCCGAAGAAAGAGUUUAAGCUUUAACUAUUAUCUACCUAUUACUACAACAACAACUACUACUACUUAUUUGAAGCAAAAAGAGAAAAAAAGAAAGCUAAAAAGUCACAUACACACAUACCUAUAUAACUUACAUAAUGAAGAUGAAGAAGAAAAAAAUGAAUGAAUGAAAGAAAGAAACAAAGCUCUUGUUUUAAAAAGCUUUAAAAAAACGAAAUUAUAAUGUUUCUAUUGUUUAGAAAAGAAAAAAUUAAAACACAAAAAAAGAAUGAUUAUUAUGAUUAUUAUUAUUAUUGUCGAAUAAAAGAGAAUUGUUUGCAAACACACAUGAAUUAUCCCCCACCAUGGUUAAUUCUGGAAAUUGCCAACAAUCGAAAAAAAAAAAAAAAAAACAAAACAAACAACCAACAAAAAACCAUAGUUUUUGUUUUCUUUUAAAUCUUUCUACAUCCUCUUACUACUCGCUCUUGAGACAUGUACUCCUCUGCAUCUAGCACGUGCUAUAGCUUCUGUUUUGUAUAUUCUCAAAUCAUGCUUUCUUCGAAAACAUUUUCAAAUCAUUUCACUCAAAUAACAAAUAACUUCAGUUUCCUUCUUCAUAUGUAUUUUGUAGAACAUUUGGUUUUUCGUUAAUCCUAACCCCCUCUGUCCCUUUUAUUUAGUUUUUCUUUAUUAGUAGCAAAUUUUUACAACGAAUUAUUGAAAAACGAAACACGACACAAAGGAAGCUUUUAGCAUACAUAUAAAAGCCUACAUUUGUUGUACGAACGACCCCUCCAUUUUGACCUUGCUUGCUUUCUUUGAUUUGAUAAAACUAUGCAACCAUAUAACGAAAAUUGAAAGUUUUUUUUCCAUCCUAAUGGUCUGUUUCUUAACUUAAAGAUGUUUGGAAUUCCAUUCGCAGCCUUUGUCAGUGUUAAAAAUUAAAUUUGCAGCCUCUUUAGAAAAAUCCUCUGCAAGAGUUUUAUGAAAAAAAAAACUAACUUUGUUAGUUUUCUAAAGGAAAAGAUAAAUAUUUCAUAAAUAGAAGACCUCCGGAUUUUCCAUAAAGAGAAGAAGUUCCAAAUUCUUUUAUAGAUUGAAUAUUUUUUGCUUGGAAGUCCAUUCGCACCUUUUUCAGUGUUAAAAAUUAUAUUUUGCAGCCUCUUUAGAAAAAUCCUCUGCAAGAGUUUUAUGAAAAAAAAAACAAACUUUGUUAGUUUUCUAAAGGAAAAGGUAAAUAUUUCAUAAAUAGAAGACCUCCGGAUCUUCCAUAAAAAGAAGAAGUUCCAAAUUCUUUUAUAGAUUGAAUAUUUUUUUCCAAAUUCUUCUAUAGAUUGAAUAUUUUUUGAUUUCUAAACUUAAAGAUUUUCUACAAGUCGUCUAUGUUUGGAAGGCCGGCCACUCGCAUCUUUGUCAAUGUAAAAAUUAUAUUUUACAGCCUCUUUGAAAAGAUUCUCUGCAAGAUUUUUAUAAAAAAAUAGAAGACCACCGGAUUGUCCAUAAAGAGAAGAAGUUCUAAAAUCUUCUAUAAAUAGAAUAUUUUUUCUUUCUAAACUUAAAGAUUUUCUAUAAGUGGUCUAUGUUUGGAAGACCAUUCGCACCUUUGUCAAUGUAUAAAUUAUAUUUUACAGCCUCUUUAGAACUAUUCUCUGCAAAAUUUUUAUAAAAAAUACAAACUUUGUUAGUUUUCUAAAGGUAAAUAUUUCAUAAAUAGAAGGCCUCCGGAUUUUCCAUAAGGAGAAGAAGUUCCAAAUUCUUCUAUUGAUUGAAUAUUUUUUUUCUAAACUUAAAGAUUGUCUACAAGUCGUCUAUGUUUGGAAGGCCAUUCGCACCUUUGUCAAUAUAAAAAUUAUAUUUCACAGCCUCCUUAGAAAAAUCCCCUGGAAGAUUUUAAUAAAAAAAUAGAAGAUAUUCAGAUUUUCCAUAAAGAGAAGAAGUUCUCAAUUCUUCUAUAGAUUGAAUAUUUUUUGAUUUCCAAACUAAUAGAUUUUCUAAAAGUCGUCUAUGUUUGAAAGGCCAUUCGCACCUUGGUCAAUGUAAAAAUUAUAUUUUGCAGCCUCUUUAGAGAAAUCCUCAGCAAGAUUUUCUUUAGAAAAGCAAACUUUGCUAGUUUUCUAAAGUUAAAGAUAAGACCUCUCGAUUUUCCAUAAAGAGAAGUAGUUCUAAAUUCUUCUCUAGAUGUAAUAUUUAUUGAUAGGUUCCUCUAUAGGAGGCUUUCUUUGUUCUAUUAAUGAAAUGUGUAAAAUAUCUAUUUUUAAAGGAUUUAUAGAUAGCCUUUUAAACAUAGAAGACCAUUACCAGGGAUUUUAUUCGAGAAGGCCUAUAUUCCAUUUUUAAUGAAGUAAACAAUCGUUUAAUAGAAGACCAUUAACAGGUAUUUUAUCUACCUUUAACACAAAUAAAAAAUGCCUUUAAAAAGGGAAGGUCUUCUAUGAACAGAAGCUGUUCCCGUCUAUAGAAUAAGGACCUUAUCAAAGACCUUAGUCCUUUAUAUGCAGAAGAACUUUUGUAGACUAUCUUUAUGUCGAAUUCUUUCUAUCGAUCUUCUGUUUAAAAAUAAAAAAAAUACUAUGAGUCUUUUAAAAAGGGAAGGUCUUCUAUGAACAGAAGCUUUUCCGGUCUAUAGAAUAAGGACCUUAUAAAAGACCUUAGUCCUUUAUAUGCAGAAGAACUUUUGUAGGCUAUCUCAAUAUCGAAUUCUUUCUACCGAUCUUCUGUUUUUACAUUGUCUUAUACAGGGUGAGAUAAUUGCUUGAAUUGAUCGACACUUUGGUAUUUUUUAGUGCCAACCUUGCUUUCCAAAAUACCCCAGACACUAUAGUCCAACGGAUUGGUAUCCGGAGAUUUGGUGGCCAUUGUGCGCUGGAAAUGAAGCGAGGAACCUCAUUUUGUAACCAUUCUAGGGUGGCGCGUGCUGAGUCCUGUUGGAAUGUCCAAGGUCUGCGGCCAAAAUGUUUGCGUGCCAAGACUUGAAUACAAUCUCUAGAAUAUUAUGGGGAAAAUAUUCGGCCGACCUUAUAUAUAGACCUUGAUUCAAAGAAUUUUUAUUUGCCUAAAGAGUGUUACAUAAUUUUGUAUUAUAGGUUGCAUAUUAGAAAACGCUUUUCUGACAAGCCUUAGUCAUCGGCUGGCAUCUUCGUAGAAGAGCAAAGAAGCUUUAUUUUUUUUUUUUCGGCCCUACGCUCCUUUUCUCUUUUCCAAAGAAGCCAACUGAAGACUUAAGCCAAUCAAAAAAGCGCUUUAUAUGGGCCAUGGCUAAGUUUAUGCUCAAAUAGUUGUCCAAAGCAAUCUUUCUGACGAACUAUAUACGGGCCUUAAUUUAAAAAAAAACCUUCUAAAAUUUGCUUCUAAUUGAGAUGUUUGAGACUUCUAAGAGGAUCGUCUGUCUGUUAAGUUGUACCCUUUUAGUAUAUAGUGUCUGGAAAAGUAUGAUUAAGAGUUCCUUUCGCUCCUUUUCUCUUUUCCGAAGAAGCCUGCUGAAGACUUAAGUCAAUCAACAAAAGCUUGUUAUGCAUUCUCAACUUUAUAUAGGUCAUGGCUUCUAAGUUCAUGUUCAAAUAGUUGUAAAUAGUAGUCUUUUUGUCCAAUUUUUUUUUUUUUUAUAAAAAAAAAAACAUUUCAAAAUUUUCUUCUAAUUGAGAUGUUUGAGACUUCUAAAAGGAUCGUCCGUCUGUUAUGUUGUACCCUUUUAGUAUAUAGUGUCUGGAAAAGUAUGAAUAAGGGUUCCUUUCGCUCCUUUGCUCUUUUCCGAAGAAGCCAGCUGAAGACUUAAGCCAAUCAAAAAAGCGUUUUAUGUAAUCUGACCUUUAUAUAGGCCAUGCCCAAAUAGUUGUCAAAUGUAAUGUUUCUGUAGAAAUUUAAUUGGGCCUUGAUUUUUUUGUUAAAAAAAAUUACAAAAUUUGCUUCUAAUUGAGAUGUUUGAAAGUUCUAAGAAGAUCGUCCAUCUGUUAAGUUGUAUUCUUUAAGAACAUAGUGUCUGGGAAAGUAUGAAUAAGGUUUCCUUUCGCGAAUUUCUUAACAAAUGGAACCAUCUUCAAAUAUUUUUUAAUACAUAUUUCAAAAUAUUAAUCCAAAUUAACAUUAAUAUUACAUUUUUUUUUUUUUUGUAUUUUUUUGGGCCAACAUUAAUUUUAGAGGCUACCUUGUAAUUGAGGUGAAAACAUCUUCCAUGCCAUUUUCACAGAAUUUUUGAAUAUUUCCAAAAUUACCUCCCCUUGCAUAACCAACAUUACCCUUCCUUAAAAUAAUCUAUCCCAAAAUUCAAAAACUUUCAAUUAUGUCGUUGCAUAGUUUUAUUUGAACUGUUUAAGUAGCUAUCAUAUCUUUUUUCUUCCUUCUCUACUUUCAUUCAUUUCCCCUUUUUCAAUUUGAGAGUCUCUGUGUGCUUACGAGUGAAACAAAGGUAAAGUUUAUGGAUUUUUAUAAAAUAAAAAUUAUGCUGUUUGAUAAAACUUUGCCCCCUAUCUCCCUUAGCCCCCUCCCAUAUAAAAUUUUCUUCUAUAUUAGAUAUUUAAAGUGUUCUAUAUCUUGGAUUUAAACUGAAGGUUCUACAAAGAAAAGAAGGUGUUCUUUCUAGGUAACAAAACGGAUUGUAAAGGUAAAAUUUGAUAGUUUGCAUGUUAUAUCGGCUAGUCAAUCCAUAAAAAUAGGAAAUGAUUUGAAAAUGGGGGAAAUGAUUUGAAAAUCUUUUUUUGAGGAGUAUUCUUUGAAUUUUUUUGAUAAUUGCAUUAAAGAGAGGACAAAAAGAGUUAAAAGAUUACAAAACGAGCGCACAGUGCCACAAUUCAAUGUUUUUUUAUUAAAAGACAAAAAAAAUUGUUUCCUUAAACUCAUAAUCUGAGGUUAGUUUAAAAAAAAUAUGUAUAUAGUCGGUCCCGCCCGAUUUUAAGACUUUCUUUACUGCUUUUUUUAAAUAUGUUAUCAAGUACUCUAAGGGAAAUGUUGUGUAAAUAUGGCACUGUGCUAUUAUAUAGUUUUUUCCAAAAAAAAUUAUCCCAAAAUGUAUAAAUUAUAUACUGUUAGGAACACCUGGAACACAAUUCUUGUUCCAUGAAAACAUGAAAUGAAAAAUAUCUUCUUUAUAAUUUUUUUCAUUUGACAUUUUUCUCCCUUACAAAUAUUUUCAUAGAACAAGAAUUGAGCCUCUGGUCCGAUUUGUUUUAUCAUAACAUCUGCUACAGAAAUGUUCAAAACUUUUAUUUUUUAAAUGUUGUUAAAAAUACAAUUUAAAGUGUUAUAUUGUCUAUUGUAGUCGGAACGUAAUAUCUAGCCGAUUAGAUUUUUUUAUGAAAAAAUAAUUUCUGGAAAUUAGAAAACUUUGUUGGAUAUAUUGUAUAAGAUUACAUUUAUUAUUGAAACUUUAUUAUAUAUUGUAACAAUGUUGCUUAUUUGACAUUGCCACACACACACACACAAACAUCAAAAACCUUACAUAUCAAUAAUGAUAACCCACUGACACUUGGACAGCAUGCUUACCUUUUUUAAACAAUGAAUGCUAGCUUUAGCUUUUCUAACUUUCAUUUUAACUGUAUCAUCCUCUUCCAAUCAUUCUUAGAAUCAUCUCAUUUUCAUGUUAUUAGAUUGUGGAAUUUAUGCUAAUCCAAAGGGUAGGUAGUACCAUAGUUUUAAGGUCAUAAUAAGGAUUUCUUAAAACAAUCAAAUAUGUUGUCGAUUCGAUCUAUGUUAAACAUGGCCACUCAAUUUUUAACUCUAUUUUUGGAUGGCAAUAACCCAGGUUUAGUGGCGUCUUCUUUAUGUGCAGUUGGGCUGCAAUCUAACAUCGAUCAAUCACUUAUGAUUCAAAUUGAAAAAUGUUAAUAGUGUUUCGAACAAUUAUGAUUCGUUAUUGUUUCAAUUAGACCCCUCUUUGAAUUCUAAAAAUGAAUUUUAGAAAAUCGGGAAUUAAGGCAACAAGUGGAAACUUUUUUUUUAAUAAAUUUAUGCACUCAGUCCCAUUAUUGUUGUUUAAGGCUAGAGGAAGAGAACUGAAAAGAUUAUUAAGGUAUGUGAUGGAAACUGUAUUAAAUUCAGUUACCGAAAUUGUGUAUAUUAUCUAACUUCUUUUUCUCUAUUUUAUUUAAUACUUUCAAAAAUCAAUUGCAGUUGCAGUAAAUUAUUUAGCUAAAUGAGAUGUAUCUUUUUGAUUUAUCCCAAAUCGAUUCGAAAUAGUUUUUAUCACAUACAUUUUUAAAUUUAAAUUGAAACUAUAAACGCAAUGUAGUCUUUAAUUCGACAAAAAAAAAACAGGAUCCAUUUUGUCUUUCCGCUGUUCAUUUAAAAUCAUUUACAAAUAAUACUGACCCGAAUCAAAACCUCGGUCCGUGCCGCCUGAAAAUCCAUUUCAAAAAACUGAACCCUGGUUCAAAGGUAGUGUUGUGAACCAAUGAAUCAAAAAAAUCCCAAAUCCUAAGUUGCAGGCCUGCAUAAAAUAGUCAUAAUAGGGCAAGUAUUGGGGUUUUAGAAGGCCAUUGACAUUGAUAUGCUAAUUUGUUAAAAUUCUUUUGUCAAAAAGACUUGGUUACACAUCCGGACCAUUUAAACUUGCUUUCAUACAAUGUUGUAUCAUUCAAUGUGGGUACUAAGACUAGUUUACAUUUCAUUUUACGAGUUACAUUUAUAUAGAUCAUUUUUAUAGUAUACUUUUAGGCGCUUGCCCACAUUUCUUCUUAAUUUUAAAAAUUGUGGGUAGCACCUAAAUGUAUGCUAAAAAAAUAUGAAAUACAAAAGUUAAACGGUGGUUUUGCACAUGAAUCUUAAAUCUGUUCUGAAUAAUACUCAAAAUAAUUUUGAAAAUGUUUAAAUUCAAAUUUACAACAUUUGAGGAGAAUAAAUUAUUGUGUUUUAGGAUUAUUGUUACGCCCUACAACACUAUGUGUUUUGGGGGUAUUAUAAAUUAGAUUGAACCAAAAAAAUAUGUAACACCUCGAGAUAUUGGUCCCCGACAUAGAAAAAUAUAUGUGGAUCAUCCUAUUUCGCCAACCUGAGUCGAUCUAGCUAUGUAUGUCCGUUCGUCUGUCCAUGUUCAUUUGUUAUCAAGCUACAGGUCGCAAUUGCGGUCCCAUCCUCACGAAAUUUAUCAAAAUAGAAGCCUCACGAAAUUUUGCAUGGAGGUGGGGUGAUCAGAAUUGAAGCCUCACGGAAUUUUGCAUGCGGGUAGGGUUAGGGCCAGAAUUAAAGCCUAUUGUUAUGGGGAUGUAUGUUAAGGGUUCAAAUAGGCCAAAAAAUUAAAAUUUCCUUAUUUUGUAGUCACCCUGCAGGUUACAAUUGAAAACCAAUCGACACGGAAUUUUGCAUGAUGAGAGCGUAAAGGACAAAAUGGAUUUUGACAUAAGGGGGGAGCCUUUGCUUACUUGUUAUACCCUCAGCCAUAUGGCUAGAGAGGGUAUAUAUCAUUUGAUAUGGCCAAAACGUGCGUCAUCGAAAUAACGGUUUUAGACCCUAGGUCUCUUUGGACCAAAUCCAUUUCAGGAUAUUUGGAGUCCAUCUAGCGAUGUCCGUUCGUCCGUCUGUCUAGCUGGCUGACUGGCGCGCACGAUAUCUCUCGAAGGGAGUAGCCGAUUUGAUACAAACUUGGUGCAUCGUAAUAUUUUUGUCAAACUUAGAUCGAGUUCGGAGAUGGGCAAUAUCGGUCCACUCCUUCUGAUACCGCCCCCACAAAGGUUGAAAUUUUCAAAAAAUAUAUUUUUUGCACAGAAAGAGAAAGGAUAAUCCGAGUUUGCUUCAACUUUGCGAAUCCUAAUAUUUGCAUCAGUGCUAGGUCAGGUGUGUAGAUGUGAUAUAUUGGUCCACUACAUCAAGUACAUCCCCCACAAAGGGUCAAAAUUUUUAAUAAUUUUAACUCUUCUGAAAUGUGAUGUAAGUGUCCGAUUGUCUUCAAAUUACACACAUCAUAAUAUUUUUCUUAACCCAAGGUCUGAUGUAAAAAUGGAAUAUAUCGGUCCACUCCUUCUGGUACCUCCCCCACAAAGGGUGAAAAUUUUUAAUAUCCAUGAAACUCAUAAAACGCUAAAUUACCAUCCGAUUCCAUUCCGACUUGGCGCAUCUCAAUAUUCCCAUCAACAUAAGAUAUGUUAUAAAGAUGGUAGAGAUCGGACCAUUUCUUCUGGUACCUCCCCCACAAAGGGUCAACAUUUUGAAUAACCAAAACGUUCAUAAAAUUUGAAAUAAACAUCUGGUUUUCUUCAAAUUUCACACAUCCCAAUAUUUUAACCAUUACAAGAUGGGGUGUGAAUAUGGUAUAUACCGGCUCACACCUUCUGGAACCUCUCCCACAACGGGUCAACGGGUUUUGAAUAAUAUUAACUACCAUAAAAUGUGAAAUAAUAGUCCUAAUGCCUUCAAAUUUCGUACAUCCCAAUAUUUCAUUUAUCCUUCUGAUACUUCCCCCACAACGGAUCAAUAUUUUAAAUAAACAAACAUUAUGUUACUUGAACCAAUCUAAUACUACAUAGGAAAUUACUAUGGAUAUAUUAAAUGUCGGUCCUCUAUGUCUGGUAAACCACACUCCCC